AUGAACAUGACCAAGAACAUUGUACUUCGUCGACACAAUGAUAUUGUUAAAAGCACGGAAGAUCAACGACAGUAUCGAGGACUGGAGCUCACGAAUGGGCUUAAGGUGUUGUUAGUAUCUGAUCCAACAACGGAUAAAUCCGCCGCAGCUUUGGAUGUAAAUGCAGGACAUCUAAUGGAUCCAUGGGAGCUGCCUGGCACGGCACACUUCUGUGAGCACAUGCUUUUUCUAGGUACCGAUAAAUAUCCAUCGGAAAACGAGUAUAGUAAGUUCAUUUCUGCUCACGCUGGUACUACGAACGCCUACACAGCGGCCGAUCACACAAAUUAUCAUUUCGAUGUGAAGCCGGACCAGCUAGAGGGAGCAUUAGAUCGCUUUGUGCAGUUCUUCUUAGCUCCACAAUUCACAGAAAGUGCCACCGAAAGAGAGGUUUGCGCAGUUGAUUCGGAACAUUCGAAUAAUUUGAAAAACGAUGGGUGGAGGAAACUGCAAGUAGAGCGGUUUCUUUCCAAACCGGGCCAUGACUAUGGAAAGUUCGGCACAGGUAAUAAGAAAACCUUGAUGGAUGAUGCGCGUAAAAAUGGAAUUGAGCCAAGGGAGGCGUUGUUAAAUUUCCACAAGCAGUGGUAUAGCUCUAAUAUCAUGUCGCUGUGCAUUGUUGGCUCAGAGUCACUGGAUGAAAUGGAAUCAUAUCUUGGCACGCUGGGCUUCGAUGCUAUUGAGAAUAAGAAAGUAACACCAAAGCGAUGGUUAGAGAGUCCUUAUGGAGAGGAGCAGUUAGGUAGACGUAUUGAGAUUGUACCUAUCAAAGACUCGCGUAGUCUAACUAUCCGCUUCCCUAUACCGGACCUGCAAGAAGAGUACAAAUCAAAUCCAGCACAUUAUAUCUCUCAUCUGCUAGGACAUGAAGGAAAAGGCUCGCUGUUGUCAGAACUGAAGCGUUUAGGAUGGGUUAGCUCACUAUCUGCCGGUGAAUCAACUCUGGCAAAAGGAAUAAGCACGUUCGACAUACAUGUUGAUCUCAGUCUUGAUGGCCUUAAUCACACAGAAGAUAUCGUCAGCUUGGUUUUCAACUAUAUUGGUCUUUUGAAGCGCACCGGUGCCGUCCAGUGGGUUCAGGAAGAGCUGAGUGAACUAGGGGAGCUUAAAUUCCGGUUCAAGGACAAGGAAAACCCGAUGAGUUUGGCGACGAAACUUGCCUCUGAACUGAAGCAUGUUCCGUUUGAGGAUGUUCUUUCAUGGCAUUAUUUGUUGACAGAAUUCAAUCCUGGUAUGUUGACGGAUCGAAUCAUGGAAAUCAUUGACAUGUUAAACCCGAAGAAUAUGUUUUAUAUGGUGAUAGCGAAAAACUUCAGCGGUCAGGAAGGAAAUACUGAAGAGCCAGUCUAUGGAACGGAGAUGAGGAUUAGUGAUAUCAAUGAGGGCACUAUGAAUCGAUUCCAAGCGGCUAUAGAGACAGUGCAUCCUGCUCUCCAUAUGCCAGAGAAAAACGAGUACAUCCCAACGAAAUUCGAUCAAAACCUCGGGAAGCGCUCUGAAUUGCUAUUUUCAGUGAGCAUCCAAGAGUCAUAUACGAUGAUGUGUGGUGUCGUAUCUGGUUCAAACAGGAUGACGAGUAUAAACUUCCGAAAGAUGGUGACCAAGCUGGCUCUUACCGCGCCAAUAAUAGCCGCUGAUCCAAGAUCCACGAUGUUGUCGUCGAUGUAUCUCUGGUGUCUGAAUGACGCUCUAACUGAGGAGACUUACAACGCUGAACUGGCUGGCCUGAAAUGUGAACUUGAGCUAGGAACCUUCGGAACGAAUCUAAAAGUGACAGGAUAUGAUGAGAAGCAGCCGUUAUUUGUUGAACAUCUAGUCAAGCGCAUGACUGAUUUCAAACCAGAUCCACUCCGUUUCGAAGUGUUGUUCGAUGCUAUCAAACGAGCUUUGGAAAAUUUUGCUCAUUCUCAACCGUACACUUUGUCACAACAUUACGUCCAAUUACUGCUCAGUGAUAAGUUUUGGAGUAAGGAGCAACUGCUUGCCGUUUGUAAAGACAUGAAUGUGCACGAAGUGGAAGCUUUCGGAAAGGAAAUGUUACGGGCUUUCCAUGUUGAGCUGUUUGUUCAUGGUAAUGCAACCGAACAGGAGGCAUUGACACUUGGACAUGCAGUGACGAAGACAUUACGCGAGUCGUCGAAAAGUCGUCCUUUAUUCAGAAAUGAAUAUACGCCAAUGAGAGAACAUGCUUUAGAGAACGGAGACGCAUACGUGUAUCGACACUUCCAGAACACUCAUGAGGUGUCGUGCGUUGAAGUAUUAUUCCAAGCAGGAGUUCAGGCUACACGAGAAAAUGCCCUAGUUGAGUUGUUGGUGCAGCUUCUACGUGAACCAGCCUUCAAUCAGCUGAGGACUGUUGAACAAUUAGGAUACGUCGUUUGGACUGGAUCGCGGCUAAACGCCGGCACUCUCGGGUUGCAGUUUAUUGUGCAAGGUCCGAAAAGUCCAGAUCAUGUGUUAGAUCGGAUAGAGGCGUUCCUCGACAAGAUUCGUGAGGAUAUUGUGGUUAUGCCGCAAGACGAGUUUGAAAAGCAAAAAACGGGUCUCAUCACACGACUACUCGAGAAGCCGAAAACCUUGGGAGCGCGGUCAAGACGUUUUUGGAACGAAAUUGACUGCAGGCAGUACGAUUUUGAUAGGAAUAACUCCGAAGUGGAAGUACUGAAUACGGUCACUAAGGAGGACCUCCUGUCUUAUUUCGAUCGCAAGUUCAGCAAAAAUGCGCCAGAACGACGGAAGGUUGCUGUAUUUGUGCACGGUAAGGACGAUCAAAGGGACGGAAUUGUGGAGAAGACUAGAGCGAAGAGGGAAGUUGCAGGCAAGGACAAACUGGAAGAAAUUGAAUGUAUGGAGCAGUUCCGACAGUCAUUAUCGCUUUACGGUCGCCCACGACCGAAGAUUGAAUCUGCCGCCGAUUGGCGCUGA